CAGUCGUACGAUAUCGCCUCUAAUCUCUUUCGCACACCGUAAGUUGACCCCUUCAAUAAUAGCGCACAAAAACACAUACACUAAUGGCUCGAAGCAAGAUAGAACAUCUCGCACAAUAGCCACAUCAGAGUGAUUUGAUCAACCAAGUGUGAAGUACCUGGAUUGAAUAGUGCAUGCAAUCCUGAAAGGUGGCACAGGUUGCGUAUUAAGAUCCCUCUAAAACCAUCACCAGCAUCACGUUUUCGAAAACCAGAGGUAAAUUAACGAGAUUCUGCCUCAUUUUUCCAUUUCUAAUGGGCAUGAUUCACCAUAGGAAAGUGCUUCAAACCACAACCACGUGCAGUCAAUCGGUCCGAGAAGCCAACCAUAAAAGGUAAAGUGCAUAUCAAUGCCUUUUGAUGCAUCAUACCUAGCUCCAAUAUUACAUGCUUUCAGGCUCGGUUGCAUGUCCCGAGCGACUAUCCGGCUCGAUUGUAAAAGCGCUGACAGGGUCUAGUCCUCCAGAUUCGGACACUGCUAAGGGUGACAAACGUAGAUGCCAACACAUCCGACACAGAUUCCACAAUAUACGGUUCACACGAUUGGCACUCGUUGGCAGCCAAAGACACAGAAGGCCUUCAAUAGGUAAGCUCACGAUCAAUGCAAUACCGAGUACAGAAGCUAAUUGCGCUCGAUGGCCCUUCAAUAGAAGGCCUUUUGUUUGCAGCCUUGCAUUUGCCGGUGAAUCGACAUCUGUACGCUCGUCGAGCGAGUAUCGCACGGCGAUCCCAAGCUGGUGGUGCAACUUUGAGGUGCAGGGAAGUCACGGGUGGUGCAGCAGACGAUACGCAUUGUGCGACAUUGAACCGGGUACGACGCAACAAAAGGUAGUGCGACGGAGAGCGUGCGACAUCAAGGAAGUAGCAUCGAUUUGCAGUGUGCAUUCUGCUCGUCCGAGAUUGCCAGGUGAUGCUUCAUGCAACAAAGGCACACUAGCGAAUGUGCGCUGAUAGCGAUAAUGACGAUGCACCAGAUGCAGCAAGGGGCCCCAUCGAUGCUGAUAAACGACGGACGGAGGAUGAGAAAAUGUAUGUACGUUAGGCAAAGUAGCUGUAAGAACAUUAUGUGAAAUGAAUACUCAAAUGAACCAUUAUUGCCAAUUCUCCAUUAUUGCCGAUUUCAUGUUUUCUACU